CCUCCCCUCGGCCCGCGCCGCCGCCCCGCCCCUUCCCUCGGUCCGCGCGGGCGUCAGCCGCUGAUGGUCUCCGCCGGUUUUGGCGCUAGUCGCUCAGCCGGCGCUGAAUUCCUGACCCGUGACGCAGCGGCGCUGACUGGGGCACUCGGGAGUCUGAGUUGAGCUGCCUGACCCAGGUAGUGUAGAUUUGUCCAAUAAAUAGCAAAAAUGACCAACACGAAGGGAAAGAAGAGGGGCACCCGUUAUAUGUUCUCUAGACCUUUUAGAAAACAUGGAGUUGUUCCUUUGGCCACGUACAUGCGGAUAUACAAGAAAGGUGAUAUCGUAGACAUAAAGGGAAUGGGCACUGUCCAAAAAGGAAUGCCCCACAAAUGUUACCAUGGCAAAACUGGAAGAGUCUACAAUGUUACCCAGCAUGCUGUUGGCAUUGUCGUUAACAAACAAGUCAAGGGCAAGAUUCUUGCCAAGAGAAUUAAUGUUCGUAUUGAGCAUAUUAAGCACUCUAAGAGUCGAGACAGCUUCUUGAAACGGGUAAAGGAAAAUGAUCAGAAAAAGAAGGAAGCCAAAGAGAAAGGAACUUGGGUUCAACUGAAGCGCCAGCCUGCUCCACCCAGAGAAGCACACUUUGUAAGAACUAAUGGAAAGGAGCCUGAGCUGCUGGAGCCCAUUCCCUAUGAAUUCAUGGCAUGAGAGGUGUUUGUUUAAAAAUAAAGAGACUCUGAACUAUAGAAAAUCGUUCUCUUUAGUGUCAUGUCGUUCUACCACCCCCAUCCCCCAAAUUAUUUAAAGCAAACUUUGAGUUGUGUCCUAAUUAAUUGGGUCUUUUGUCUUUACUAUUUAAAUUUAAUCUUGCUAAAAAAAUGUGGAAAGGUUUAUUGGGCAACCAGAUAUGCUCUAAAGCUGCUCUGGAAAAAAAAGAAUUUAAGUAAAGUCUUAUUUAACUUCUUGCUUAUGCUCAGGAAGGAUGGUUACUUCCAAUUGUUUCUCAAAUUACUGUUUUAGAAUCAGGAACUUGACUUUCAAAUCUGUUAACUUCUUUGUGAGUUACUUUAACCUUUUGAGGAAUCUUGACUUAGAAAAUAAUAGAUUUGGGGGCAGACUGACAGUGAUGCUCAAAGGCUACUGCUCAAAGGCUACCGAGUCACUGCUGUUGGUACUGGGGGCUGUAUAAGUGUGGUCAUGCUAGACAAAGCACUUUAUACUCUUUGAGGCCUUAAUACACUUUUUUGUUUUGAUCAAGAGUAAAAGUAUCAAUUAAUACUAAUGGUUCUGUGGUAUCAUUGAGCAGCUUACGUGACCUAAAUACUAAGAAUUUGGAAUAAAAUACUCCUGUCCAUUUCACAUAAAAGGAAGUGCAAGACAGUUAACUUGCCCAGAGUUAGAGAUGAUCUAUAUUAGUGUCUUUUCAGCUGGCCUAGCCCCACUUAAUACCGAAGGACCAUUUUAAAUCUGUAGAAUAGAGUUAACAAUUAGGUUAUUGCUUCCAGUGUGAUUUUACAGAUAUGGCAAGCACUUUAUGCAUAUUACCAAAGGGGAAGUAAUUGUUUACAUCUUUAGCUGCCUUUAAUAUUUAGUGAUGGUUGUAAUGGAAUCUGUUUAUUUGGAAGGGAAACUUUUACCUACAAGUACUAGGAACAAAACUGUUUGCUUGGAAUCAGAGAGAAAUUACUUCUGGUCUUGGUUGGUGAAAUAAAAUCCAUGUUUUCAUGA